AGGGCAAAGACCCUGAAAUUACACUGGGAAACAGCUAAAGAGUCAGAGUGUGAGAACUGCCCGUGUGAAUGGACAAAACACAUCAUAUUCUGGAACCUUAAACACUUAAACGCGUUUGCACCUUAUGGUAUCCGGUGUGUCACUGUACAUAAUUAUUAAGAGAGUGUGUUUGGUCUUGCAGUGGCAGUGACCUCGGCAGUAGUAGCAUGCUAAUGCUAUGUCUUCAUCCAGUAACGCUCUGAUCAGAUGUGUCAGGCUCCUGUCCCGGCAGAACUGGGCUCAAGGAUGUCUCUUAUGUCCAUGUCGAAAGAUUUCCGUGAAACCUGGAAGUAUAAAACCAAAAACGGUUCCACCACGGUAUCUUGGUCAACCCAGCCCAUACACCCAUCCUCAUUUUAUCAAGAACGGGGAAGUGACGCCGGGCCUGAGCCAGUCUGAGUAUGAGCUCCGUAGAUACAAACUGGCCUCACUUAUUGAGGCCCAAGCAGAAAGAAUGGGACCAUCUACCUCCUCCAGUCAUCAUGUAGUUCUUGUGCUGUCUCAUCCAACUCGCUACAUGACAAAUGACAUCCCGUAUCCCUUUCAUCAAAACCAGGACUUUCUUUACUUGACUGGCUUUCUAGAACCUGACAGUGCCUUGAUUCUCCACGGAAGAGGAAGACCAGACCAAGCCAUUUUAUUUGUCCCACGUAGAGACCCAUCUAGAGAGCUAUGGGAUGGUCCAAGGUCAGGAAGAGAUGGGGCAGCAACACUGACGGGCAUUGAGAGAGUUCAUUGCAUCGAAGAACUGGGAGUUGUACUAAAGAGUCUUAAAGGCACGUUAAUGUGGUACGAUAGUUCCCAGCCAGCCCACCCUAAGCUGCAUCAGACGCAUGUGUCUCCCUUAAUAGAGGCAGGGUUGAUGCCGCGCUCCUUCAGAUCUCUUCUGCACUCUCUCAGAGCCCUUAAAAGUUCUGCAGAAGUGGCUCUCAUGCAAGAAGCAGGUCGCAUCACGGCACAGGCAUUUAAAAGAACCAUGGCAUUUUCCAAAGGAAACAUAGAUGAAGCUCUAAUUUUUGCUAAGUUUGAUUUUGAAAAUCGGUUACAUGGUGCAAACUUCUUGGCCUACCCUCCUGUAGUGGCCGGAGGAAACAGAGCGAAUACACUUCACUAUAUAAACAACAAUCAGAUAAUCAAAGACGGUGAAUUGGUUCUUCUUGACGGUGGUUGUGAAUACUUCGGUUAUGUUAGUGACAUUACUCGGACAUGGCCUGUAAACGGAAAAUUCAGCCCUGCUCAGGCUGAACUUUAUGAAGCUGUCCUUGAAGUGCAGCGUUCAUGUUUGAGCCUGUGUUCUCCGGGGAUCAGUCUGGAUCACAUCUACAGCACCAUGCUCACACUACUGGGACGACAGCUCAAGCGGUUGGGCAUCAUCAAGGCCAGUACUAGUGAGGCUGAUGUACUCAAGGCAGCGCGACGGUAUUGUCCACAUCAUGUUGGACAUUAUUUAGGAAUGGAUGUCCAUGACACCCCUGAACUGUCUCGCUCCCAGCCUUUACAGCCAGGGAUGGCUGUCACCAUUGAACCAGGCCUGUACAUCUGCGAGGACAAUGAUGAGGCCCCAGAGCACUUCAGAGGUUUGGGCAUCAGGAUUGAGGAUGAUGUUGUGAUUCAAAACAAUGGAGGCCCUCUCAUUUUGUCCUCUGAAGCACCAAAGACCAUCGGUGAGGUAGAGCGCGCCUGUGCCCAGAGAUAGGACAGUGACAAGAUUCACUGAAUCAACUGGUCAAUAAUCUGUUUGCUGCUGUUUGCAGCGAACAAGAUCAUGAAUGUGAAUGUACACGGCUAAUACAGAAGUGACAAACACUGAUGUAAAACAAUGUUGUGCAAUGUAAUAAAUGGCAAAGUGAUUAACAAGUACUGGACAUUUGGCUUAAAUUUAGGAGACAUUAAAGGUGCACUGUGUAACUUCUGGUAGGGGCUUUGCCAACUUUCCCGAUGGAAAUGGCUUGGACUGUUCCACAUACAUUACAGCAUGUAACAUAUUUAUGUAGGGUUUAUUUCACUGCAGGUGUUUUUAUUUUAUCGUUCUUACGGCCUGGUGCCUCUGUCUUGUCUCGAUGGAGAUGAACACGUUUAAUGCCAGGCAAAAAUAAUUACAACUCAAGUCGGGGAGACUCCAAAUAAUAUAUAAUAAAGCUGCAUAGUGCACCUUUUAAUGAUGUAGCUCUUGUUUUGUGUGUAAAAUGACUGUAUAGUUUUUGGAGUAUAUAUAAUAAAAUAAAUAUUUUAUUAAACUGGU